AUGGAAGAAACAUUCUUAAAUUCAACAAAUCCUAAUUACAAUAAUACUUCAUUCGCCAUGGCUGUAUAGAAGGUCGGCAAUGAUAAUUAGAAGUAGGAACAGAUUGAUCAUUACCGAAGUACUCAACAGUACUUUGAUGAGAUAAACAAAAAGAAUAAGAAGGGAUCGAAAUAUUUAAUAGACAAGUAUACCCCAUAGAAGAUCCUGAAUACACUUGAAAAAAUACAACUUCUUGAGAUUGAGAGAGAAAUCAAAGAAAGAACAAUAAUUUUAGCUGAAUUCGUUUAAAUAUUUUUGAAGCACAUGAACUAUCAGAAGCAAGACAAAGCUUAUGUAACUGUGGGUCUCAUUGAUCUUUUCAAUGAGGUUCGAGAGUAUGAAUAAAAAUUCAUUCCAUCUUACUCUAAUUAAGCCUAGCCCUCGGGUGAGCCUUUAAUCAGAUGGACUGCUCUUACUGGUUACUUCAUUGAUAAUGUGAUUUAAGGUGGAAACUAAAAGACUCUAGUACCUAAUAAAUACAUUUCUAAGAACACAGCAGAUAACUUCAAAUAGGUCUAUGCAUCUAAGUAGUUGGAUUAGUUCUCAGCUGAAAUUAUUGGUGGAAGCUCCUUAUGUCUAAGAAGAUUUAAGCAAAGUUAGAAGUUAAUAGAUAGUUAUCAUCAUAAUUAAGGCAUAAGGAAUGUUCAAUACGUGAAAGAACUUCAUACAAUAUUGGUUCUUGAUAACUUGACCGAUGAAAUUCACUUCUAUAAUGAGCAUUCAAACAGAAUCAAAAGCAUAAAACCAAAGAGCGAGAAUCACAUUAUCGAUACAGGAAUUUUGUUCUUUACAUAUUCCUUUCUAGAACGUAGAAUCGGAGCUUGUCUUUAAGAUUACAGUCUGGCAUUUUGGGACUAAUCAGACAAUUUUAGCUUUGAAAAGACUUUUAAUGCCCACUUAGAAGUGCUUCAAAUCUUCAUAAAGUAUGUAGAGUAUUGCACUACUUGGAUCACUGUAGAUCAAAAGAAUUCUAUCUAUGUGUGGGAUAUUGAAAAAGAAUCUGCUAUUUAGUUACCAAAGAGACACGAAGAAAGAAUCACUGAUAUAUGUGAGAUUACUCAUUUAAGGUUACUAGCUGCCUGCAGUCUAGAUAAGAAGAUAAUAUUUUGGGAUUUAUAGUAAAGAUUGCCUGCAUAGAUACUCAAGCUAGAUGGAGUUUCAUCGCAUUCAAUGUGCUAUUGUUAAGAUUUCAGAGUACUUGCAACUGCUCAAUAUGAAAACAGUAUCAGCAUUUGGUCAUUUGAAGGCAAAGAUUGCAGUUUACUAAGUAGACUUGUUGGGCACAAUGCUUAAGUUACUUCAAUUCAAAUUCUGAAAGAUACUCCAUUAUUGAUUUCUGCUGAUGAAAUCGGUUUCCUAAAGACCUGGGAUAUAAGAUCCAGCUAAUGUGUAUAAACUGUACACUUUGAGUGUAAAUCUUCAAUUCAUCAGUUUAUAAACAUAAAUGACAAGAAGUUUAUUGGAAUAGAGUAUAGACUUCAUUGGUUUGAAUUCGAAGAUAAGGCCAUUGUAAAUGCCAAUGGAAUUGAAUUCUUAAAUAUGGCUCCAAUUAGCAUAAGAUACAAUAGCCUUUUCAAUUAGCUAUGUAUUGCUACAAAAUCAGACAUUAGAAUAGUAAACAUCAGAAAUGGAUAAACCGAAUUAAUAAUUGCUAACUUAGUUAAAGAUGAAGAUGGGGAAUAGUCUUCCGAUUUGACUUAGUUUACUCUCACAAAGGAUUGCAAAAAGUUUAUUGUAGGUGACAAUAAGGGAAAUAUAAGGACUUAUCUUUAUUAGACAUCUUAGCUAGAGACAAUUAAUUGUGGUCACUCUUAGGAAAUUACUUCAGUAAAGCUAGAUGAUAGAAAUAACCUUAUAUUAUCUGCUGGCUGGGAUUCAUAAAUUAUACUUUAAAAGUCUAUUGGUUAAAAGAAUGCUGUGACUAAGGCGAAAUCUGAUUUAUCUCCAGCCACAGAUGAUUAAGAUGAUAGUUUAAAUAAUGAUGAUGAAGAAGAAAAUGAAAAAGAUUCAGAAGAAGUGGCUAAAUCAUAAAUACUAAGAUAAAUAAAGAAUGCUCAUUUUGGACAGGAGAUAUCAGCCAUAGCUCUAUCUCUUAGAUUAUCAAUGAUAGCUACUGCAAGUCAUGGUAUAAUAUGCUUAUGGGAUUAUGAAACAAUGAGACUCAUAGGAGGGAUGACAAAUAAUUUUAGCGAUAUUUUAGUAUUGGAAUUCCUAGAUCCUUUUCCUCUUCUUUGUACUCUUGAUGUGAGCGGAUAAAUUAUUAUCUGGGAAUAAUUAUAGUAAUUCUCUUUUUCUUUCAAAAUUUAUCAAGCACUGAUUACUAUUCAUUUUUCUUACUCAGACGGUGGACCUUUUGAUGUUAAUGGAAAUCCUUUACCCGGCCCAUAUGCCUCUAAGUUAGUAAAAUAAAUGCUAUACGAAUAGGAUUUUGAGUAUCUUUAUACUACUGAAAAUGAUAGAAAACAUCCUGAGUUUCAAAAUUUCAAAGAUUGUCUUGAUAUCUGUGAAAGUUAUGAGAAGAAGAAGAAGUUUAUGGUCCUCAUUCUAAGUGAUGACACAACUGGAAAUGUAUUUGUCAUUGAAAUUCAGAGUAUUUUAGACAAGCAUAGAAUAGACAAGAAAAGUAUUAAUGCUUUAAAAAGAAGAGAAUACAAUCCUUUUAGAAAUAUUCAGUUGAAUUCGAAUGGAAUUUUCAACACUGAAAAAGAAAUCAUAGAUGAGUUUAACAAAAUUGAAUAAAGAAGACUCGAAGAAAUUAGAUAAUAAAAGGAAUAAUCUAUUGGACAUUAACUUAAAAGAGCUCUAAGCAAGAGAUUCUUUGAAUCACAGACUACUUUUGGUAGUUUAGGAAAAAUUCUGUAGAAACAGCAAUCUUUUAGUUCAUCACCUAAAAAACUAGAAGAUACCAAAUAUUAUAUUGAAGAUUUGAAUCAUUUCAAAUUUAAGGCAGCUAAUGAGGCAAUAAUUGUUCUAUAAGUCAUUGAUAUUCCUCCAAAGAUCAUCAUUACUUCAACCAAUUCUUAGAUUGUCAGAAUAUGGUCUAUUUUUGGAGACUCAUUGUGUAUUCUUGAUAUUGAUAAGCCAUUACCAAAUAAAUGGAAGCUAAAGAUUAGCUCAUAUUUCAAGAGAAAAUUAAAGUUUACCGAGGCAAUUACUAUUUUGAAAUAGAUAGAAUAGAGCAAUGGAGAUGUAUCUCCGAAGAAAAAAGAUAGGUCAAUGCUAGCAGCAAAUGCAUUUGGAGAAAUAUUUGAGAAAACAGAGAGAUUCAAAAAUUUAGAUUCAAAGAAUCAAUCAGCAACAUCUCUGAUGAGCAAGAAAUUUAGAACCAAUGAUAAUUAUGAUAGUGAAAUGACAGGAAAUCCAAUGAUGCUCUCACAUCAAAAGUUUUUCUAAAGCGAAAGUGAGAGUAUUACCUUCUAAAAAUUUCUAAACAAAAUAGAUAAUAUAGCUCAGUUUUCAUUAUUGGAUAAAAUAGAAAGUAUCAUAAACAUUCCCAAAAAACAUAAUCCAAAAACUAAAGAAUGGGAAAAUGCUCUUGAGGAAGAUAUAAAAACUAUUUAAAAGGCCAGAGUUCUUCUAUAAAAGUAGCAUGAUGAUAAUAUCAGAGAAGUAACAUAUCAAGUAUCUUUAGAUGCAGCUGCAUUAGGAACUUUAAUGGCAUAAAGACCUGCUGCAUUAGAAGCAAGUAGACGUAGUUCUACUCUUAGAUUGCCAAAAACUCAUACUCUUGUUAAGAAUUAAUAGAAAAGUAAAUAAAAUCUUUUGGAAUUUUCUGAUAAGAAAGAACCUACUAUCAAUAUUAAUACUGUAGAUAGCACAAUUCCUCAUCCAGAAACCUACUUAAAAGUUUAAGAUUAAUCAAAAUUUGAUCCUCCUGAUGAUCAUCAUCCAACUCAUGUAAAUGAUAAGUCAAUUUCCUCAUAUUAGAGUACUCAUGUUAUAACUUUAUUUAACAACGAUAAGAAAAAAUAAUCAAUGGGUUUACCGAAUGCCCUUGAUAAAAGCAGCUUUACUUCUUAGAUUCCACCUAUCCUCGAUAUAUCUAACUCUAAAAGUGUAAUUGGAGGGAAAACAAAAAAGGAUUGGUUGACUUAUGCCUCUAAAAAAAUUGAAUCACUACCUAAUCCAAAUUUAGGAAAAGAUUAAAACUUUCCUAUAGAUAAAUCUAGCUCAUAGUUAUCAACUUUAAUACCUCAACUUAAAAUACAAAUCUAGAAUCCCAAUCCAAACUCUUAAAAGGGUCAAUAUGAAGCAUAGAAAUUGAGAACAAAGAUUUUUAGAGAAUUAGAUUCUAAAAGGAAGUUUUAUAAGAGAAAUUUCGCAACAGUCAAAGACUAUUAGUAUCUUGAAAAUCUGGAAUUAAAUGAUGAUGUUGAGACAUACGACCCUCCAUAAUUCUUGAAGGAUCUUAAUUCAUCUAAAUAAUAGUUUGGCAAGACUCCUAGAAUAAAGGAAACAUUCUUGAAAAGAAUUAAUCAAGGAAUCGAAAAUAUAGAAGGCCAAAUAAGUUAGAGAGGUAUGGUAAGAAAUGCUUCAUCUAUACUACCAAACAUUAAAUCAAGAUUAUGA